AUGCUCUCAGUAAACGACAUCUUCAACCGGCCGCCUUCCAUCUCUGAGGACGCCCUUCAGUACACACUCUACCUUCCUCCAGACCAGACCGAUCGAGUUUCCGCCACCGCCCUUGCAGCGCUGCUCACAGAACAUGCCGAAAUUCUGCUUCCUAGUCACAUCUGGCACAGAGACGCGUUCGAGCUCAAGGUUGCGGCCGACCCCGAGGGAAACCAGGACGUAUGGGUUCUCGAGGGCCGGAUGAGAGUGGGGGACUGCAUCGACGACGAAUGGUGCACGGUAUGGCUCCUGAGGGAGCUCAGCAAACAGUGGGAUCUUGUUGUCAGCAUCUUUGACUCGGACGGCGAAUUUCUGCUCAUUGAGGCGGCGGAAGAGCUACCGUCGUGGGUGACCCCGACGAAUGCUGAGAACAGGCUCCGCCUUCAUCUUGUGCCUCUUUCACACGUCUCCCCACCGUCUGGCAAAACGCGCCGUAAAAAGUACGACUCUCGCGAGGACAGCGACGAAGAGAACGGUGUGGAUGGAAAGGAGUCAGAUUCUAUCACUGCGGCCGAUGCGAUACGACUCGUCCGCGACCCGCUGGUGGAUACAUUCGCGCCGGAGAAUGUACAAGCAGCCGUCUGGAAGCGCAUCGCGGGGUACCCUGCAGCCUCGCGCCAACACAUGCACGUCGCCAAGGCGUGCCUCCCCGUGGAUGUAGCAAAAGCCCUCACAGUUAACCCGUUACUGGUGCAAAAGGCGGUCGAAGCGUUCUACACUCGUGAUGGACUCCAACUCAGGGCGGCGCAGAAGAUGUCGCGAUUUUCUCCAGAGCCAGCUGUCCUCGCGUCCGUCAAGAUGUCGCGUACGGCUUAUGCCCAGCUCCAAGGACAGAAGUUUCAUCCCCCGAAGGUCUUUGGCCGGUGGCAGAGCGAGAGGGACGUUGGUAUGAAAAUAGCUUGCGGCUUCGAGAUGCUAUUCCAGGAGAGCAAGAGCCGAAAGGAGGCGAUGUCCACGAACCUUGACGGUACCUCCUCAUCGGUACGUCACAGCCAGCGAGACCCGACAGAGCAGUAUCCUGACGAUCCCGCAGGCGGACGCACUCAAAGACAACCUGCGCCGAAACCCGGAAUACACCCAGUACAUCCAACGCCUGCAGUCGCCGGCUACUUCAAGGACGAAGCGGAAGGCUCUCAGCUCUGGACCACUCUGGAAACCCAGGCCGCUGCAGCCUUCGUGGCCGCGCGCCGUGACGACGAUGCGACGCGCCCCUCCUUCGCGACUACCGUCCAAUCAGCACUCAACGACCACACCGACGACCGCGGCUUCACGUCCGAGGCAGAAGACCCCGACGACUGGCUCAAUGUCGACGCCUCCGACUUCGACACGAUGCUCGAGAAGACCAUGGGCGUCGACAAGGGCAAAGGCAGGGCGAGGGCCGACGGCAUGGAUGUUGACGGCGCGGACGCCGAGGACCGCGUCGCGAAAGCCCAAGCUGAACGCCUCCGGGACCUGGCCAAAAAGGACGGAGACAGUGACGACGACGACGAAGGUUUCCUCGGCGGUGACGACGGUGACGGCGACGGCGACGGCGACGAGUCCGACAUGGACGAAGACGAGCCCUCCGCGCGUAUGGCUGCUCGGACUCUCACAGACGAACAGCGUGCCGCACGCCAAGCCGCGAUGGACAAACUGGUUCCCGCGCUCGACCCUUCAGAAUAUGGUGCAAUGCCCGCUUCAUUCCACAGCAACUCUCAACGCGUCGCACCAGUCACCCUCAAAACCGAAGUGCACGAUGCACUUGAUACGAAUGCCUCGCCCAUCACACAAAACCGCCCAGUCAGGCCUCCCAUUCUCCCACGCGACCACUUUGAUGGCGUCGACUCCGACGACGAAACGGAUGAGGAAGUGCCGGCAGAUGAGGAGGAAGACGAGGAAGGACGGCCUCAGAUCGUCGGUGAAAUCGAAAUAGACAUGACGGAAGAGACGGACGAAUUCAUUGAGUUCGCUCGUCAGGCUCUUGGUGUCUCGGAUGAUCAGUGGGACUCCAUAUUGAAGGAGAGAGAUGAACGAGGCGGGCAGGAGCGAAACAUUCCAAAGGAGUUACGCUCCGCCGCCCCACACACCGAGGUGCCGCAGUCCGACGCUGCUAAUCCUCUGGACUCAUUCGAAGCGGUAAUGAAGGCUGUGGAUGCCGAAUUGGCCCGAUCGCAGGGACGACCACGCGCUGAGCAGAAUGCCUGCCGAUCCUCCGGAUCCCGAGGCAAAAGCAAAGUGACAGAGUCAAACGAGGAUGACAUCGACAUCGAAGCGGCGAUGCAAGCCGAGGUUGACGAGCUGUUAGAACCCGCGGAUGACGACGAGAGCGCCGGGGCCGACUACACGCUGAUCAAAAACUUCCUCGAAAGCUUCAAGAGUCAAGGUGGCCUCUCGGGUCCUGUGGGCGCAUUGGCCGGCAGACUGCAGCGAGGUUGGACUUUUCCGAGAGAUGAGAGCUAG